AUUGAUGCGUUUCUCUUUGGUCUUAACGAGCAAAAAACCUUAUUGAAGUGAAGAAAUCACUUGGGAGAUAGAUAAAAUUGAUCUUUGGUGAAGAUGCAGAGGCAAGACGAUGUUCGUAAUCUUCCCAUUGACAUCACCUUCUCUCGUCUCGGCGAAUGGUUGGUGGAUCGGAAGAGAAUCCCUGCGGAUUGGAGGAAGAAAGUGGCUGCGAUCAGGGUCAAAAUCUCGAAAGAGUUCUCGUCUUUGCCUAAAGACAUCGAUCCUUACUUUCAAACCCUAGAUCCUGAUGUGAUUGGUUACUUGGAGGCUAAAAAGAUAUAUGAGAUUCUCCUCAAGACAACUCCUGAGAGCCGCAACAUCUUUGGUCGUCUUUCUGGUGCUUCUGGAGUCUGGGAAGCAAUCGUUCGUGCGUUUGAGAAAGAUCACAUUUAUCUCGGGGAGGCAGCUCAGAUAAUUAUUCAGAAUGUCAAUUACGAAAUCCCAUAUCUGAAGAAGCAAGUGCAAAAGGUUCAGCAACAGAUGUCGGAGCUUGAUCGUAAAGAAGCUGAUAUCAAAAGAAGCGUUGCACUCUCAGCUACCAAGUACGAGGAAGCUUGCCGAGAGCUUGGCUUGCAGGGAAACAAUGUGAGGCGUGAACUCUUGGAGACUGCAAAUUCGCUUCCAACCACCUUUGCUAAGAUUCUGGAAGUUAUCAACAGUGAGUCAGUAUCAGCGGCAAUGGAGUACUACUCUGCCUAUGUUAAAGAUGUUCAUACUGAGAAAGAUAAGCCUUUGAGGGUUGUCCUAGAGAAUUUGAAAGACAUUCGCGAAAAUCCACCAUCGCUAAGUGUUUUAGGAGCCUUUGAAGCUCUUGAUGGUGAUAAUGUUCAGUCAUCUGAGAAUGCAAACGGUACAGAUGUGGCUGCAGACAGUAUCGAUUGGGAUAUUGCGCUUGACACUGCUGAGAUAGAUUGGGAUGUUAGUAUGGUGGAAGAAGUCGAUAGUGGAAAUGAUCUAGGUUCGUAUGAAAUCGUCAAUGCUAGUGAUAUUCCCGAGAAUAAAGUGGAAGGAGGCCCUGAGGUUGAUGUUUCUGAGAUUUCUUGGGAUGUAAGCGUUGAGACACCUCAGGUUGAAGAGAUAGCUGAUUCGUCUUCGCUAGAAUCAGGCCAGGAGAAGCAGAUACAGUCCACAGAUCAAGUCUUCGGGAGUGGAGAAGAGAGGAGCCAGCUGUUGGAGACGGAGUAUAGGAACAAGAUCCUUGAUGAUUUGUAUGAGGUAAAGGCGUUUUUGAACCAGCGAUUGAUAGAACUAAGAAACGAGGAUACUCUGUCCCUGCAACACCAUGUGCAAGCAGUUGCGCCCUUGGUUCUUCAGCAGUAUUCUCCUGAAAUCAUUGAGCCAAUGGUGGUUGAUAUCUCCAUGGCCAUCUCAUUGCUAACAAACAAGAAAACUAGAGAUCUGGUCAUGAUUCUCAACUCCAAAAGAUUCCUAGAUAGGCUUGUGUCGGAGCUGGAGGAGAAGAAGCACCGUGAAGUGAAGUUAAAAGAGAGCUUGAAAGAUGUGGGUAGAAGACGCAUGGAGCUUCAGAACUCUCUCUCUUCUAUAUGGCCAAAACAGGAAGCUGCGCUUGUGAAAACAAGAGCACUGAAGGAACUAUGUGAGACAAGUCUAUCUUCCAUAUUUGAGGGCAGGCGUGUGAAUAUUAGAGGAGAGAUCAAUACUCUGUUGAACGCUGGGGUUUCUGCUUAGUGUUUUUGAUCUCUCUUUUGUAUUGGCUGCUUCUAGAAAACUUAGUUCCAGACUUUUUUCUUCCUACAGGGGUUCUCUUGUUUCAAACUCUUUUUUUUUCUAUGAUAUAUAUACUAAGGAACGUCCUUUGACUGUUUAUUAAGAAAAUAAAAUAACAUUUAAAACC